UAUAAUUCUUUAAGUACAUACAUUUUUCACUUCACUUGAGUAACUUCCAAGACAAACACUCACUCUCAUAUGAUCAUAUCUGGUUGUCUCGUAGUCAUUUUCUUGUACUCUCUCUAAUAAGAAUUUGCUAUAGAACUCGAACAAAUAGAAAGAGAGAAAAAGGUCUCGAUCACCCCCACCAUUCACCGCCAUCACCACCACCACACCCUCCUCAAAUUUCAACACUAACCAAAUAAUAAUCACUCAUCCCUCUCUUCAAAGCAACCUUCUUUCCCCUAACUUCUUCGUCACAACCAAACCAAACCCACCUCACCUUCUCUCUAACAACCAAACCCCCAUUUCACUUCUUUUAUUCUCUCUCUCUCUCUCUCUCUCUCUCUCUCUCUCUCUCUGUGUUACUGCUUUCGUGUGUUUUAAUAUUAUAGUUCACAAAAGCAAAAUGGCUCGGCUCUUCCGAUCCAAAUCUUGCCAUCUUGUUGGACUCACUGAGUUCAGCAUUCCCCCUCCUAGUCCAUUCUCCUACCACCACAACACCAGCAAAGAAGAAGAAGAAGAAGAAGAAGAAGAAGAAGAUGAUGAUGAAGGGCUGGAAUAUGAGGAGUUGGAUUUUGAAGACGAGGAGGAGGCUGUAGGAAAUCCCAGGUCUACCCCAUUUCUGAGUCCCAAGAUUAGAGCCAGUGGGAACAACAAAGGUCGAGACUUCCACGGGCAUAACGGUCGACAACACCAGCACCACCAGUCCGCCAUACUCGACAUUUUGGUGGCGGCUCUGAGGAAGUCUCUGGUAACUUGCAGUGUGGAGAGGGAUGACGUGGCGUCCUCUUUCGACAUCAGUUCUCCGAGCGAGGUGAGACAUGUCUCGCAUGUCACUUUUGAUAGGUUUAAUGGGUUUCUGGGUUUGCCCACUGAGCUCGAGCCCGAGGUCCCCAGGAAGGUGCCAAGUGCCAGUGUAAGUGUGUUUGGGGUCUCUGCCAAGUCGAUGCAGUGUUCUUAUGAUAAUAAUGGGAACAGUGUGCCAACUAUACUUCUUAUGAUGCAAGAACGAUUGUAUUCAGGAGGAGGCCUUAAAGCAGAAGGAAUAUUCAGAAUUAAUGCUGAAAAUGGUCAAGAAGAGCGUCUUCGCGACCAGUUGAACAAAGGCAUUGUGCCACAUGGAAUUGAUGUUCAUUGUUUAGCAGGUUUGAUAAAGGCAUGGUUUAGAGAGCUUCCUACAAGGGUACUUGAUUCGCUCACACCAGAACAGGUGAUGAGCUGCAACACAGAAGAUGACUGCACAGAACUUGUGAAGACACUUCCUCCAACAGAAGCUUCACUGCUAGAUUGGGCCAUCAAUUUGAUGGCAGAUGUUGCGCAGAACGAACAGCACAACAAGAUGAAUGCCCGCAACAUUGCUAUGGUUUUUGCACCUAACAUGACCGAGAUGGCAGAUCCCUUGACUGCACUAAUACACGCGGUGCAAGUUAUGAAUUUCCUCAAGACAUUGAUUUUAAAGACCCUGCGCACAAGAGAGGAAUCAGCUGCGGAGGCUACAUUGCACGCAUCAUGCAAAAAAUCUCUUAACCACAACAGACAAACCAUGUAUUCGAUUAUGGGUGAAUCUUUUGUUCAUGAUAGCUCAUUCAGCACCGCCACUUUGGACAGCCCAAAAGCUGACAUCAAUGAGAAACUUUGGUGCUCUCCGGUAAUGACUGAUGGGGAAGAUGAACUCGAAUCCACUUCGCACAGCAGCGCAUCUACUAAGUGUGAACUCGAGUGUUCAGAAAACGGAUGUAGAAGUGGAUAUGAAGCUGGAGACUGGUUAAGUUGGAGGAAAGGAGUGCGGAAGCUAUCCAGCCACCUGGUGUUUCAGUUGAGUAAGCCGGCUAAGAAGAGUACGAAACUUGAGAUUGUAAAUACUAGGGGAGAAGGUGGAGAAGCAUGGGCAUAGAGAAGUGGGAAGCUGAGGAAUCUGUUUUUGUUAUUGCCGUUACAUCUCGUUAAAAAAUCUGUUAGUUGGCUGACGUGGAAAAAUGGGUGGGCCUAAGUAUUGAUUAUAUAGAAAAAACAAAAUUAAAAAGAAAAAAGGUCCCUUUUUGCUCAUCCCCUAACCAAAAGUGAAUGUUA